ACGGAAACAAGAUGCGCGUGGCAUUCACGAUCGCUACUUUAGCUGCUAUCAUCUCCAUCUUCUACACCGCACGACGCCAUUCAAGGCGCAAGCAGCACAAGUCCCCUUCGAGUUCGUGCUAUUUAUAUUCUGAACCAAAACCACAGUAUGCGUUUAAGCGACUCUUAGCUGAUAAUUCCUACACUCCGUUCAAGCACUUGAAUCUCAACGACUCCACUAGCAACGGUACAUUUAGUGCUUCGAAUUCGCAUCCGUUUGAGGCAGAGAUUACGGCAUUGUUGAAAAAUCCUCAGCCUGAAAUUGAACUUGGUACUGAGAUCGUGGACAUGGAAAUGAAUGAUUCGUAUGUUUGGAUCGAUACAGAGAUGCAGUUAAAGCAACUGGUCGAUGUAUUGACCAAAGAGAGGUUCUUUGCUGUGGACACAGAACAACAUAGCUUACGCUCUUUUUUAGGCUUUACAGCAUUAGUUCAAAUUUCUACGCAGCAGAAAGAUUAUUUGGUUGACACAAUUGCCCUGCAUGAUUUCAUGGGAAUUCUUCGCCCAGUUUUUGCCAACCCUUCAAUUUGUAAAGUGUUCCAUGGGGCUGACAACGAUGUUCUCUGGCUACAGAGGGACUUCCAUAUAUACGUUGUUAAUCUAUUUGAUACUUCCAAGGCAUGCGAGGUGCUGUCAAAACCACAGAAGUCGCUUGCUUAUUUACUUGAAACUUACUGUGGUGUGACAACAAAUAAAUUAUUACAGCGUGAAGACUGGAGACAGCGCCCUCUCUCUGCUGAAAUGGUACAUUAUGCACGAACAGAUGCACACUAUCUGUUGUAUAUUGCAAACUGUCUAAUCAUCGAACUCAAACAACUGGACAACGGAAACAGUUGGUCUGAUGACAAAUUCCAUUUUAUUCUCGAGGCUAGUCGGCGUUCAAACAUGACUUGCUUACAACUUUUCACAAAGGAGAUCGAAGUUUCUCCCGGAGAAUCUGCUGCAUUAUCAUUACUUUCACGUCAUGUGAGCAGUCAAGGCUUUCCUUCAAUUUCCAAUGAAACCCAGAAUAUUGUGAGGCAACUGUGCACAUGGAGAGAUAUGAUGGCUCGUAUUCAUGAUGAGAGCUUAAAAUAUGUACUGUCAGACCAGGCGAUUAUUGCUUUGGCAAGUCAGCCUCCAGAAUGUCACUCUGAAAUAUACAACACCAUAGCUCAGACUGAUAUCAAUGUGGAAAUGGGUCUCAACUCUUUCAUCCCUUCCCCUUCUCCUGUUGUUUGCAGCCACCUUAGUGAUAUCUAUCAGCUUCUUUUAAAUGAAUUGGUUAACAAUGAUGAUAUUUAUUCAGUGAUUCUUCAGAAGUGUCUAGGUCAAAAUGGGAGUUGUCCACUUUCUAUAUUUAAUUAUGCUUUAUUGGUUAACAGUAACCUGAGACCUACUUUAGCCUAUAAACACUCGGGCCUAAAAAAUCCUAAACAAUUUUCCCGGAAGGCUUCUCGAGAUUUGUUUGUUCAAAAAUUCUCUUGUAAAUCUCCUGUUUAUCACAAUUGCCGGAUAUUUGCUAAUGAUGGGAGGCUGCUUUGUUAUUGUGAUAGGAAGAAGCUUGAAUGGUACAUUAGUCGGGAUCUCGCAAAACUUAUUGAGGAGGACCCACCAGGUAUAAUGCUUCUUUUUGAACCCAAAGGCCGCCCAGAGGAUGAAGACAAUGAUUUUUAUAUCCAGAGUAAGAAAAAUAUAUGCGUUGGGUGUGGAGAAGGAAAUCACUACUUACGGUACCGAAUAAUCCCAUCAUGUUACAGAAUGCAUUUCCCAGAGCAUUUGAAAAGCCAUCGUUCACAUGAUAUUGUCCUACUUUGUGUGGAUUGCCAUGAAGUUGCCCAUGCUGCUGCAGAGAAGUAUAAGAGAAAAAUAGCUGCUGAAUUUGGGAUUCCUCUCUAUGUUCGCAGGGUAAUUCAUCCAGGGCAAGAGACUGAAAAACAGAUUGAGGAGGGAGGUGUGUCUCCAUUACAGUUACGAACAGCUGCUAUGGCUCUUCUAUACCAUGGACCAAGAAUGCCUCUGAAUCGCCGUGAAGAACUGACUGAGAUUGUGAAGAGAUAUUAUGGAGGAAGGGAGAUAUCGGAGGAAGAUCUAGUGAGAGCUUUGCAAGUUGGCAUGAGCCCUCAUGAGAGAAGACGAUUUGAGAAGAAGAGAGGGUUUUCUUUUAAACAUUCCAUAGGGAGUACUGCUGCAGAGCCAGAACAGGAGAAUCAUGCUGAUAAAACUACAGAUUAUAAUGAAAGCACUGACUCUGCUGUACAUGUUGAUAAUAGCUCUCUGAGCAGAAGGCAACCAAAUGGAGUUAGUGACUUGUCUUAUCCCCCCCAGGUUGAAGAAUCGACACAAGUUAAACAUAAUUCAAAACUAUCACUCUUGGGACAUGGACCUCAUGGUAAACAAGUUGUAGAACAUUUACUGAAGGAGUAUGGUGAAGAUGGCAUUCGAGAGUUUUGUCAAAGAUGGAGACAAGUAUUUGUUGAAGCUGUAAAUCCACGUUUUCUUCCUGCUGGCUGGGAUGUAAAACACAGUGGAAGGAGAGACUUCGGCGAGUUCAGCGUAUACAAUCCUGACAGAAUAGUGUCUGCUGCUAGUUCGGAGUGACUCUGCACGACCUAUAAGUAACAUGCAUAUUUUCUAUUUCAAUGUGCUACUCCACUUCCUCAUUCGGU